AUGGAUCAAGUGAAUCCUCAAGAAGAAAAAGGUAAACCUCCGCCAAAUACGCGAGACUCUGGACUUUCAUCGUCUUCAAGACCAGCACAGUCGUUGCUUAAUUCUUAUAUUUAUGAUUACUUAGUCAAACGUGAUUAUUGUGCGGCUGCUCGGAUUUUUGGACAGGAGGCUCAGAUUCAGACACUCGUUCGGACGACAAACGAUUCAAGAGAUGAACGAGGUUUACGCCAGAAUGCCGAUGUAAACAAGGGAAACGUCGGCGGCGAUUCAAAUGAUGAGUCUGUUCAAGCUGGCCGGAACAACCCUUCUAAUCGGCAUGAUUCUCAGAAGCCACCACCGCCCGUCCUGCCAAUAGAUUCAUCUGCAGGAUUCUUAAUGGAAUGGUGGAAUAUAUUCUGGGACUUAUGUGAUGCACGAAGCGGCUGUGGAUCAGAAUCCGCCAAAUCUUACCUCUCUUACAUACAGCGACUUCGUUCUAAAAGUAGAGCACUAACCAAUGUUCCUCGGCAACCCUAUGGAAAUGGUUAUCCAUCUCCAUACCCAUAUCCUACAUCAGGCGUCGGUCAUGUUGCAUCGUCCAUGACACCGGCAAUGGGUCCGCCUUACAUGCCUUCUCAAUUUGAUGCAUCGGGGCACCAACGUGCUCCUACGGAUGCAGCGGGAACGCAGUUCUCAAAUGUCCCUGAAAAACAACGUCAACAUCUUUAUAAGCAAGCUAUGCUAAAUAACAAAAAAAGAGAAACCUUCCCUCCUACGGCCGCGCAAAUUCAGCAACUGAAACAAAUGCAACAGCAGCAACAGGCGCAGCAGCAACAACAGCAACAAAACGUGGUACAGGGUCCCUCACACAAUUACGCCGGUGCAAUUGUGCCACAGUCUCAGGCGUCGUCAGCACAACCGGGCGGCGGCCCUGGACCGCAACAACCAAAUGCUUAUCCACAAUCGGCGAAUGCGAAAACGGAAAGUCAAAAUGCCGCCGCGCGAAACCAGGAGGGCUACGGCAAACGCGAUGCCUCUGCUCAAAUGAAGCCGAAUACGAUGAAUGCAUCGCAAAUUCAAAAUGCGAACGCGGCCUCGUAUAUGGGCAUGUCGAAUUCGUCUUCACGUCCCCCCACUCCCAGCUCAGCAAUGUCAUUUAAUCAUGAUUUUUCUCAACAGGCCGCUGGAAAUCGACUUAUGGAUUCGGCUCAGUCUCAGCAGCCAGCUAUGAUGCAAGGAUCAGAGCAAGAACGUCAACAUCAAAUUGAGGCGACAAACUUGCCCGCUGAUCCAUCAAAGCCCAAGCAGGAGUCACAAUCUCCAAAUAUACAUAAUUCAGGUAAUGGUACAGGGGCAAUCCAAGAUUCCGCAAAUAAGUUUUCGCUCGAGAAGGGGGCAGACUACAAGCAAUCUGUAAAAGGACAAUCAUAUUUAAUGACAAAUUCUAUGGGCAUGAACAAUGGCAACGAUGUUGCCAAUAGUUACUCUGGCACGAGUGUUUCCGUGAAUAAAGAAGAUGAAAAAGGCGCACAGGCUUCAAAUACACCUCAGCUUUCCGGACAACAGAAUUCUCAGAAUGCUAACAACACAAACGUGUCACUUAAUGCUCAACGAGCUCAUCAAGAAACAGCUAAUCCCGAAGGCUCUUCAAAUUCACCUGCUGCGAGCGCUAAAGAGUCUGGUGAAAAGCAAAGCGUAAUGACCGAAACCUCCAACAGCAAGCCAGAAGACAGAAACGCAUUGUCUAAUCAAACUAAUGCAACAGCCCAAACAUCCGGAAUCGACACAGCUGGCACUGUAGAUUCAGCAAUGUCAAUCCUCUCACAAAAUGCCGAUUUCUCCAAAGGCUCUACUGCUGUAACCCAAAAUAAUAAUAUGGAGGCGACUAACACAAGCGCAUCCCAGCAACCUGGGGUAUCACAGAACUCGGAACAGACCUCAUUCGCUCAAUUUGACCAAACAACUGGGGAGAUUGAUGCUGGCCUCAUGAAUGAUUUUGAUUUUGAUCGGUUUUUGACAGAUAACGAAACGAACGGUGCAAUGGGUUUUGGAUUUUUUAGCAUGCAAGACGGUACAGAACCGUCCGUUCACUAA